AUGGCCUCCGUCACAUGUCUGGCCCUUCAGCCAUCUCUGGCUAUUUCCAAGUGCGAGCCCGUCAUCACAGAGCUCAAGGGAUGCGAGUCGCCUAUAUCCCCAUCUGAGAUGGCCAAGGUCAAAAGGAUCGAUCCACCGGGAAAUGAGCCCAAAUCGCAAGAUCGUCGAGAAUCACAAACAUCGACAUCUACUUCAGUCAGUCACUCUCGCUCGGCAUCCCGCAGCACCGUGCGAUCGCGACCCAACAGCCGUCGCAGUUCCUUUCACUCACCGCGCCGGGCUGUGCCCAACGCUGCCAUCGUACCUGUCACCUCAGCUCGCAGUUCCAUGCAGGACAGGCGCGAGUCACUACUAGCCCUACACCGGGAGUCAUGUCGUCUGUUCCAAGGAGAUGGAUCAAACAGAUCUUCGACCGAGACAAGACCUUCUCUACACCGAACAGCGUCAGCUACAUAUAGAUCUCAGCGUGAGAGCCGCACAUCAACAGAUAAAGGCAGCUCGGCACCUUCGUCUCCGAUCGCACCUUCAUAUUCCAGCUUCCGCUUCGAGCCAGAGUCGACUUCUCCCACCUCGACGAGCGCACCCCAUUUCAUCACAUCAAGAGAUCGAUCAAACACCUUGCCCACCAAUCACCACCACAGCCCCUCGUCCUCGUCCAUCUACGUCCCGGCGACAGUAAUGGAAUGGACCUCACCCGAUACCCGGCGGCGUGAGUACGAGAAGAUCGACCGGGCAAGCAGUGGUGUCCGGGGCCUCUGGCGCCGCGUCGCGCCUCGCUGCUUCCAGCCCCGUGAUUCGCGCACCCCGUUCUUCGAAGAAGGCAAGACUGAGCGCGAAGGCAGCGUGCGUCGGUUUCGUAUGGAUAUCCCCGAAGAUGAAGAGCCAGAAUCGGAUUCUCAUCAGGGAAAACCGCAGGCCCAGCUCUUGGACUUCCUGGGCAAAACGCCGACCUCCACAAAUUCCCAUGAUGGCUCUCGAAAACGGUGGACGUGUCUCCGUUCGAAGUCAUCUCCUCUUCCUAAUGCCUAA